AUGGAGAAUGAUGGACAUGAGGGUUGUAGCAAAAAUAUGGGGGAGUUGACCAAAGAUAAAACACCAUGUCUUGGCAUGGAAUUUCAUUCAGAGGAAGUCACAAAUCAAUUCUAUAAUGAAUAUGGAAGGAUUAUGGGGUUUGGCAUUAGAAGAGAUUACCAUAGCAAAAGUAGAAAAGAGGGUGCUAUGAUUAACAGGAAGUUUAUUUGUUGUAAGGACGGAGAAAAAGAAAAAGAUAAACAGUACAUGAUUGUAAAUCAUCCUAAACAUGAGACAAGAACAAAGUGCAAUGCAUUUAUGUAUGUAUCUUUGGAUCGAGGCUUGUCAAAGUGGAUAGUGAAAAAGUUUGAUGACAACUACAACCAUCCUUUGCAUCUUCCUCAGUGCACACAUUUGAUACCAUCUCAAAGAAAGUUAAAUCAGGUUCAGGCUUUGAAUGUUGAUAUAGGUGAUGAGACUGGUAUCUCUCUUAAAGCAUCACACGAUCUCAUUAGUGCCUUAGAAGGGGGAAAAGAAAAUUUGGGAUUCAUGAGAGAAGACCAAAAAAGCUACUUGCGUGGAAAAAGACAACGAAAUUUGCAAUACGGAGAAGCUGGGAGUUUAUUAAGAUUUUUUCAGCGACAAGCAGCUGAAAAUCCAUAUUUUUACUAUGCAAUUCAAUUGGAUAUGGAUGAGAUGAUUACUAAUAUUUUUUGGGCUGACCAUGAGAUGAUUACAGAUUAUGAACUUUUUGGUGAUGCCGUAUCAUUCGAUACAACAUUUCGCACAAAUAAGGAGUAUUGGGCACUAGCUUUAUUUACUGGUUUUAACCACUUUAGAAAGACAGUGAUUUUUGGUGCCUCAUUAUUAUAUGAUGAAACUACAGCUUCAUUUGAGUGGUUAUUUGAAACAUUUUUGCAUGCAAUGUCGGGGGAAAAGCCUAGAUGUUUUUUUGCAGACCAAGAUCAGGCCAUUAAGGCAAUAUCUGUAGUCAUGCCUAAGGUUUUCUAUGGAUUAUGCACUUUCCACCUAAUGCAAAAUGCUUUGAAGCAUUUAGGGCACUUGUAUAAGAGUGGUUCAAAAUUUGGUAGUGAUUUCAAAGCUUGUAUUUUUGGAUGCGAGGAUGAACACGAGUUAAUUAAAGCUUGGGAUUCUUUGAUUGAUAAAUACAACUUGUAUGAGAAUGCGUGGAUGAAGAAGACUUGGGAAAAAAGAGAGCAAUGGGCGCACGUAUACAUGAAAUACUAG